UUACAAAGCUGCAAUAUUAAAUCCUAAUACAUCACACAUCACUCUUAAAUAUCCAACAACAUGCUAUAUAAAUGAAUCCAGCUUUACAGGGAUACGCUGAUGUCUCUGCAAUUCAUUACAACAUUUUUACAUGAGAACGUUUUCAGUGUUAAAAUGUGUAGAUUUUCACAUGUAUGUCUGCUAUGGAGGCUUUCAACAUGUUUACCAGGGUUUACCAGAUCUGUCCAGCCACCUUCCCCACCAUUGGAUCCAACUCACCACCAGGUGGUGAUCAGUUGACAGCUCUGCUCCUCUCUUCACCCGAGUCUCCAAGACAUACAGCCACAGGUCUGAUGAUACGACUAUGAAGUCGAUCAUGGACCUUUGACCUAAGAUGCUCUGGUACCAGGUACACUUAUGAACAACCUUAUGCUUGAACAUGGUGUUUGUUAUGGCCAGUCUAUGGCUAGAACAGAAGUCCAAUAACAAAACACCACUCGAGUUCAGAUCGAGCAGGCAGUUCCACCCAAUCACCUCCCUCCAGGAUUCUCUGUCAUUGCCAACGUGAGCGUUGAAGUCCUCCAGGAGAACAAUGGAGUCUCCAGGUGGUACCUCUUCCAAGAACCACCCAGAGACUCCAAGAAGGCUGAGUACUCUGAACUGCUGUUCAGUGCAUAAGCACAAACAACAGUCAGAGUUUUAGGGGGGAGAACACCAACAAAGUGGUGCUCAGCCGUGGGCUUGUGAGUAUCCCCACACCUACCCAGUGCCUGUCACCCUGGGCAACUCUGGAAUAGGAGAGAGUCCAACCCCUCUCCAGGAUUGUGGUUCUGGAACCCUUGCUGUGCGUGGAGGUGAGCCCAACUAUAUGUAGCUGGUAUCGCUCCACCUUCCGCACCAGCUCAGGUUCCUUCCCUGCCAGUGAGGUGAUGUUCCACAUCCCCAGAGCUGGUCUAUGCCAGCAGGGGGCGGUGCGCCUAGACAUCCACUCCUGCCUACUGCCUGGUGGGCAUCACACCCGACCCCGAUUUCCUGCCCAGUGAGUGGUGGGCCCACCAUUUUGAAACAUAUUUUUGUGUGUAGCAGAACAACUUUGACCAUGAAUCAUACACAUGCAGACUGACCUGAUAAAAGGACGAUGCACAGCAAGGCCUCGUUAACACCUGAGGAUAAAACACAUUCAUCAGAACAUGUCAAUACAUGCUGGCAUUCUGAAGUUAGACAAGAUGUUGUUUGUUUCUUAACUUGCAAGAAAAAUAAUAUGUGCUCUGUUGGUCUAUUGUAUGCAUUGAAGAGACUAAAAUCAACUUUCUUCUGUUUUUCUUAUGUUUCUGAACACAUUUCUUACCUGGUCUGCAGGCUGGUGACAUCUCCAAACUCUUCCAUUCCGUCUCACUUUGGUUGUUGUCUGUCUCAUUCUGGGAUGUACAUUAUAAUGGGCCUGUGCCCAGUAGGUGUGGUCAAUAAUCUGUCCAUGUACAUUAGUGUACAGGAUGUAGAGGAAAGAGGUGAGAACACACCCUGUAGUCCGUCUGUUAAAUAGGUGGUGACACUGAGGUGUUGGAGCUUUUUUUAUCACCAGGAGAUGAUGGUAUUGAAUACUGAGCUGAAGUCACUGAGAACGAUCCUAAUAAAGGUGGACAGGAUGAAUUUAAAUAGUCGUCCAACUGCAGUUAUGGAAAAUGUCACAUGGUAGAAAGUGGUACAAGUGAAUGUAACUGUGAUAGCCGUGCUUCUGUGCUUGGUUUAGCAAUGCAAAAUAAGUGAAAAGCGACAUGCCCUGACCUCAUGCAAACAAGAUGCUAACAUGAGGUGGUAUGUAGAUUCCCUGCUGGGAUACAUGAAAAUACAGUGGUGGCAGCAUCAUGAUGUGAAGUCUUGCAGUGUGUGUGUGUGGGGGGGAUUUCAAAUCAUAAAUAGUAAAAGUAACUCAUUCCUAGAUGAAUGUAGUGAAAUUCUCCCUGUACUGCUAAGUAGGAGUAAACACUGGUGACACACACUUAUCACAUGAUCUGUAAUCUAAACGUGACAGUCUUGUUUCAGAAAAUUGUUUGAUUUAGCCAUUAUCUGAGCAGAUCAAUGGCCUUUACUCUAGUUUAUUGUACACUUCCUCAUGGUCUUUAUUCAGCUGAAAAUAAAGGAGGCAUUCAACGUGUUCACAAUCCUCUUAUCUGCAGCAGAAUGUGUUUCUUUCACUAUGAAAUGCACGGCAGCAUUUCUCACAUUGCUCUGCUGUCUGAAGCAUGCAGGUCAGGUGUGUCAUAAGUGGAAAAUGUUAACCAUUGGACUCACCACACCCAUGAGGCAAACACACUCCUUCCUCCUGUGAGAGCUGCUAUUAUAUAUUCCCAUGCUCUCAUAUGCACACACACACACACACACACACACGCACACAAAGGUUGUUAGCCAGUCUGCCAACUGAGCACUAUUAGUACAGUAACUAAUGGCAGGUUGUGCUUUGAAUGCUGCUAUUUUAAGAUUAGGUGGCGUUCUGUCAGGCCAGCAGAGAAACCAGCGCUGGGCCCAGGAGAGGGAGGGCUGGGCUGAUGAAUAACUGUGUUGACGUUACAUUUUCCUGUUUCACAGCUAGCCCUGUAAUGUAUUCACACUCAUUCAUACAGCAGGAGUCACCUGCCAACGGCGAGGACCGGCACACCAGCUUCAGCUGAGAGAAACAAUGGCCUCCCCAGGAAACAUGCUGCCACAAGAGCAGUUCCAGUGCGCCGUCUGCCAGCAGGUGUUCAGCGACCCUGUGACCACUCCUUGCGGACACAACUUCUGCCAGUCCUGCAUCCAGAGCGUGUGGGACAGCAGCUCUACCUGCCGGUGUCCCACCUGUAAUAAAUCCUUCACCUCCCGCCCGGAAAUAAGCAUCAACACGGCCUUCAAGGAGCUGGCGGACAGCUUCAGGCAGAUGGUGCUGUGCUCGGCCGCCUCGCCGCUGUCCGCAGCCGAACCGGGCGAGGUGGUGUGCGACGUCUGCGCCGCCGCGACCCGGCAGGUGAGGGCCCAAAAGUCCUGCCUGGUGUGUCUGACGUCGUACUGCGAAGCCCACCUGGAGCCCCACCGGAGGGUCGCCACGCUGCGGCUGCACAAGCUCAUGGAGCCGGUGGGGGACCUGCAGGACCGGAUGUGUAAGAAGCACGACAGGCUGCUGGAGAUGUUCUGCAGGGACGAGCACAAGUGCGUUUGUCAGUUCUGCACCGAGACCGAGCACAAAGAGCACCGGGUCGUCACGAUAGAGGACGAGAGCAGCGGGAGGAAGGUUCAAAUGAAGAAGACGGAGGCAGAUUUUCAGCAGAUGGUCCAGGAGCGACUGAAGAAAGUGGAGGAGAUCCAAAACUGUCUGAAGCUCAGCACAGAGAGGCAGACUGAAGUCCACUCGGAGAUCGAGGAGAAGCAGAAAGCAGCGGAGAGGAGAGCAGAGGAGCUGGUGGACGAGCUGCAGCAGGAGAUCAGGGAGCUGCAGAGGAGGAGCGCUGAGCUGGAGGAGCUGAGGAGCACCGAGGACCACCUGCACCUCCUACAGAGGUUGCCCUCUCUGACGUCACCUCCACCCACCAGACGGUGGACGGAGAUCAGCGUCCAUCCUGAACUCUGCGUGGGGACGCUGAGGAGAGCGCUGUCUCAACUGGACGACGGCCUGAAGGAAGAGCUGGAAAGUUUGAAGAAAGAAGAGAUGAAGAGGAUGCAGAAGUACGCAGUUGACGUGGUGUUGGACCCGGACACCGCCCAUCCAAACAUUGUCCUGUCUGCUGAUGGGAAGCAGGCCGGCCGUGGUGAGCUGCUGCACAUCGUUCCUGAUAAUCCGCAACGCUUCGACCCCGUCAUCUGCGUCCUGAGCAAGAAGGGCUUCCUGUCUGGGAGGAUCUACUUCCAGGUUGCGGUGGGGCAGAAGACCUUCUGGGACCUGGGCGUGGUUAAAGAGUCAGUCAACAGGAAGGGCAUGAUCACCUCCAAGCCGGAGAAUGGCUUCUGGACGGUGCGUUUGAGGAACGGCAACGAGUACCGGGCUCUGGACUCCCCGUCUGUGGUUCUGUCUCUGAAGGGGAAGCCGCAGACGGUGGGAGUGUUUCUGGAUUACGAGGAGGGAAUAGUGUCAUUCUUCGACGUGGAGAACAGAUCUCACAUCUACACCUUCAGUGGCUGCUCUUUCUCAGAGAGGAUCUUCCCCUUCCUCAGCCCGGGGGUUUGUGAUGACGGGAAGAACACGGCACCGUUGGUCAUCGCAACUGUCAAUCACAAGAAAUAAGGAUGCUUCGUAUCACAAAACUGAUGUAGUAUUCAAUAGUAAAGUCUUGUUUUCUCUGUAUUUGGGUUCUACUCUGAAGGUUUGAAGGUGAUUUUCUCUUUCUGUAUUGUAUAUACUUAAUUUAAAACAGUUGUUUUUGCACUGACUGCAAAUAGAGCAACACAUUGGCGUGGUGGCCAAUUCAUCUACACUUAGCCUCCGACUCUGAUGUACGAUUUUAUGGUAGCCAUUCCUGUGGAUCAGGAUCCAGGAUGAUGUGCAGCUCACACCAGACCAGCAUUAAGUAAACUUAAACCUCUGAGAAAACAGAACUCACACCUACCAGAAGACCAGCAGCUGUUUCACUAUUUUCAUAGUGUUGCUUUGUGUUUAAACCUCCUCAGUGAUGAAACACAGCAUUAAAAAGGAUUUCCAGUCAUCCUUGAAACCCAGUCAGCUGUUUGUCUUGAUGUGAGGCAGCAACAAGCUGAACAAUGUCAUCAGUGUUACGUUCAUAAGAAGCAAAGUCUCCAAGAUUCUUCGACUUUAAGUAUUUAACUAUAAAUGUACUGGUUGGUAUUGUUGUGGAGGCAGGUAACAGCAUUAUAUCAGAGUUGCAGCUGACCACCACGUUCGUUAUCGAUUAAAUAUUUGGUAAAUGGUGACCAAAGCCCGUCAUAUUUCCCGACAUCCAAAGUUUGCAACUUUCAACGUGUUAUUCUGUCCAAUCAACAAUCCAGAACCCAAACUAUUCAACAUGUUCUAAUGGACAAGACCCAGAAAUGCAGAAAAUUCUUAAAAAUUUGCUUGGAAAGUUACUUACAAAGUCCUGUCAUCAACUUCGAACCACAAGAAACUAUCUGGAAAAUAGUUUCAUAGAGAAUCUAUUUUAGCUUAAUUGCCUUAGAUUGCUAUUUAUGGUGCAUAAAGGAAGCAUUUCGUAGAACUGAUAAUGGUUCUUCUAUGGCAUCACUGUGAAGGUUCCUGGGUGGAGGUUUAGUUGCAACAUCGGAGGGAACUUUAGGUGUUGGAGUAACUCUGAGCAUAAACACUCAACAGUCAUUCUGUGAUGCUUCAUAACAGUUAUUCUCCUCUCAUUUAAUGUUGUAAGGGUAUGAUUUUCUGUCCUCCUUUGUGUCUUUGUUUGUAAGAUAUGCACAUGGUGCCUGUUGAUGUCAACAACAAGCGACUCCUGGACUUAACAUCUCACAACUAGAUUUCAGACUCACAGAUCUGUGUUUGAUGAUUUAAAGCAGAAAUCCUUUGCUUGUAUCCCCUGGAAUCUACACCUAUGUUUGUAUUAAAAUGCAUUGAUUACAUAUAGAAUGACACAAGCAUCUGCACCAUAAAUGCUAAACCUGAAUCAGGA